AUGUACAAGCAUGCAUAUGUACCAUAUGGGAAGGACUUGCAUUGCGAGGAAUUGAAACUAGCCCUGAAUGACAUUUUCACCAUGGUUGUAAAGCUUGCUCCAAUCGUUAAUUCUCAGAGGAAUGAGUCUUUUAACAGCACGGUUGGUUCAAAGAAUCCCAAGAUUAGAUUCUAUGGUUGGAGUGAAAGCAAUGAUUUUCGUGUGGCAUACGCAAUGGCACAAACAAAUGUUGGUUAUGGGUACAUUUGUAGAAAACUGAAUUCAUUGGGGAUUGAACCUGGUACUAACUGUGAGGCAUAUGUUGAUGGAAUGAAGAGGAAAAGAGAUGGCGACAACACGAGAAAGAUAUUCUUGAAGUUCAAGAAGCGAAGGAAUGAGAUUCAUACCAAGCGAAUACAUGGUAUUUUAUCAAGUGAAAAGAAGUAGGGCAAGACAUAGGAGACAAAUAUUGGCCUCACAUUACCCAAAGCUAGUACCAGUACCAAUGCAAAUGAAGAACUAUUUUGCCCUGACCUACCAGCUGAUACACUAGCUUCAUAUGAAGAGAUUGUCCCACCCUAUACCCCAGACAACAAUGUUCUCCCAUAGCAUUCGACGACAAUGCCGCAGUAUUUUAUAACAUUGUUUUAUCGAUACUGAAACAAAUACGACAGGUAAACAAGCAGAAUUAUGACAAUUGGCAGCUAUAAAUCAGUCAAGUCUCGCCACAUUUUCCGAGUAUGUUUUGCUAAAUAAAAAUUUUGAUAAAUAUGCAUCCAGAGUAAACAACCUUUCGAUAAAAACUGUAGACGGUAAGAGAGUACUAUUUAAACAAUCAAAUCCUGUAUUGGCACUAACCUGUGACGAGGUUUUAUCUCCUUUUUGUCAAAUACUUCGAGAAUUUCGUUCGCGAAUGCCAGAAAUUGACAGCACACAAGGUCUGUACAGUUCUUGUUGGGCACAAUGCCAAGCCAUUUGACGUCCCAGUCAUACUUAUAACAGCAACAGCAGUAUUAUCGCGAAAUUUCAGUCUUUGGGCAUUUUCUUUGGAGAUGGUCUCUCGUUGUUCGUGUAUUUAGUAAAAUAAUCGAUUCUCAAAGAUCGAAAUGGAGAUAGCUGUGCGUUAAACCAGUCUGCUGUUUACAAGGCUUGGUUUGAUCAAGGUUUCGAUGCCCACGACGCGCUUGAAGAUGUGAAAGCUCUACAUCGUAUUCUGUUCUCCAAGCUGUUAAACCUUUCUGAAAAAGAUCUGAUCAAACAUUGUCAAGCAAUUCCAUUUGACGAAGCUUACCAGGACAAUCUGUAUCUAAACCAACGACAUCAAUUUGUGCAGACACUCGACACCAAACUGCAUGGAACAAUCAGCAAAGGCAUGGUCCAGAAUCGCCAGCAGUGGCUUGAGCUUCGCGAAUUUACAAAGUCCGUUUGA